AUGUUGCCUACAGAAAUAUCGUCUUGGUGUAAGUUCGUCGAGAUGGAAAUCAAUUUCUCAGGUUGGGAAGCGGUGGAAGAGAAGAGGGGAUUGCGUACUGCACAGGAGCCCACAUCAGGGCGUGUGUACACCAUGUUUCACGGUACAUAUCUGAAAAAUGCUGAGGAAAUAAUCGCCAACGGUUUUCAACGGUCCCGAGAUGGACUGUUGGGAGCGGGUGUCUACGUGAGCCGCAACAUCGAUAAGGCAAAGUGCUACCCGCAUCAGGCUGACAAAAAAGAUGCCGUGGUGUUCAAAUUAAGUGUGAGGGUGGGUAAAGUAAAGAGAAUUGACUCCAAUAACCAUCCACUUCAGAAAACAUGGCAUCUGGAGUAUGAUUGUGCCUGGGUGCCUCCCAAUAGUGGAAUCACUUCCAUCAAGUCAGGACGUGAAGAGGACUGUGUGUGGGAUCCGGCCAGGAUUCAAGUUGUGGAUAUUGCUUGCUGCAUCGAUGAUGAGACCCGCCACAAGCUGCGGCGUCAGAUUAAAACGAAGAGAAGGGCAGAGGGAGGAUCAGGAUGUAUUUGUCAUCAGGCGUCUUCCACGGGACCCCACCCUCUCCAAAACUGCUGGAAAUGCAAUAAGCAAAUUUGCCCCUUUCAGAAAAAGCACGAGUGUCCUAAUUUGUGUUAGAACACUAUUUUAUAGCAUAUAAAAUAGUUCACAAUUGUACUUUUAAAAUUGAGAGAGCACUAAUCUUUAACUAAACAUCGAAAGCAAAUCACUUGUAGAUUUAGCAAUUAAUAGUCAUUAAAUUUGCCCCAAAAAGGCACUCUUCCCCUGACUCCUGUGUAUGUCAGUGCCCAAAUAAGGGCCAACAUCUCACAGGAACCAGUCCACAUCAGACAAAUGUCUUAAAUCUCAAGACAUGUCUUGUAAUUUUCAGUCUUGUUCACUGGUACCUGAAAUGUUACGAUACAAUGUGGAUACUAAAUACAGACCAGUCUUUAAGUCUGAUUACCGCACUGUUACUGUUAGCUAGAACUCUGCAUUUCUCAUUGUUGAUCUUCUACUGUAUUCUCUAUAUACACAUGUCUUGUACAUCCCUUUGGAUGAAGGUGUCUGCUAAAUAAAUAUGUAAUUUAAAGUA